GCUAAAUUUCGAAAUCAGUUGAAAACUGUAACUCGCUGCGACGUGUCGCCUUUAGAAUCCGCUGCAACUCAAAUCGAUUUCGAAACAUGUGGCGCAGGUGUCUGACCAGUCUGACAUUUAGUCAGCGACAGGUGCAACCAGUGCUGAGGCUGAUACAUCAUAAAGCGCCUGCAACCAGACCGCCGAAGAUUCUAAUCACGGGUGGUCUGGGGCAGCUGGGCAUUGAGUGCGCCAAGCUGAUGCGCUCCCAUUAUGGCAAUGAGAACGUUAUACUCUCGGAUAUUAUCAAGCCCAGUCAAGCGGUGCUGGAGAAUGGUCCCUAUAUAUUCGCUGAUAUACUGGACUUUAAGGGUUUGCAGAAGAUUGUCGUAGAUCAUCGCAUCGAUUGGCUAAUACACUUCUCGGCACUGCUCAGUGCAGUGGGUGAGCAAAAUGUUCCACUAGCUGUGAGAGUCAACAUUGAGGGCGUGCACAAUGUUAUCGAGUUGGCCAAACAGUAUAAGCUGCGCGUCUUUGUACCUAGCACAAUUGGCGCCUUUGGGCCUGACAGUCCCCGCAAUCCCACACCGAAUGUUACGAUACAAAGGCCGCGCACUAUUUAUGGCGUUUCCAAGGUGCAUGCCGAGCUCAUUGGUGAAUAUUAUUAUCACAAAUUCGGUCUGGAUUUCAGAUGUCUACGCUUCCCAGGCGUUAUUUCCAGCGAUCCGCCAGGCGGCGGCACUACGGAUUAUGCUGUGGCUGUGUUCCAUGAGGCAUUGCGUCAUGGCAAAUACACGUGCUACCUCAAACCAGACACACGUUUACCCAUGAUGUACAUUGAGGAUUGCCUGCGGGCUCUGCUGGAAUUUAUGCGUGCACCCAACGAGCAGCUGAAGCGACGUGUCUACAAUGUGACAGCCAUGUCCUUUACGCCCGAGGAGCUGGUGGAUCAGCUGAGCAAGCAUGUGCCCGACUUGCAUGUGACUUAUAAGCCGGAUAGCAGACAGCUUAUUGCCGAUUCUUGGCCGCAGAUCUUUGAUGAUUCGGAGGCGCGCCAUGAUUGGCACUGGCAGCACAAAUAUGAUUUAAAAAAUCUGGUCGAUUUCAUGGUCAAGGAUGUGCAGGAGAAUUAUAUCAAUGCGCCAAAUGGGCAGCCUUAAGAUGCUCGGGGCACUGCAACUGGAAAAUCGCAACUAAAUAGUAUUCCACCAAUCCAUUGGAUUCCGAUGGCAUGUAAAUGCAUUUAACUGUACAAUUUGUUGAAAUAAAUUUCUUGUCUUUGGGAAAAUAAACACAAUAAACUAAGAA